UGCGCUGGUGCAGCUGCCAAGAAAACGGGAAAGGGCAGCCCAGACACCUUACUCUUUCUUUUCCAGCUCUGCUUUUUCCUAGAUACACUGUAACAGUAAACUAGAAAUGCAGCUUACUUCCAUCUCGGGUGUAAGACAAAACUGAGGUAUCGGGAGAUUAAACAUACAUGGCAGUUGCUUAGAAUCAGGAGCUGGCUUAAAGUGGGCAGAUGACAUUUGAUUGGGACUCUUGGAGAAUUUCACAUAAGAAUAUGUAUGAAAAAAAAUACAUUCAAAUUGUCAGGGGCUAAAUACCACUACGCUUAUUAUAAAGAAAAACGUACUGAGUGGUCCUGUGCAGGAAAGAUUCUUACAACAGUUACCCAGUAUGUGGUUUGGCAACAAGUCAAGGAAAUUUGGGGAUAUUAUAUAAAGAAGUCUUCCAAAAGCUAAAAGAAGGUGAAAAAGAGACUAGGUUGAAUAUUAAAGAUAUAUAUGCAGCAUCAUAAGGGAUGUGUUCAUAGAGACUAGGUUGCCUUUAGGAUCUUCCAAUAUUCUCAAAGUCAGUGCAGGUCAACUAAGGUGAGUAGUGUCUUGCUAGCAACAGACAACAUUUGUUCUCUUUAAAUUGUCACUCAAGAGAAACCAGGGAAUAUUGCACCAGAGAAAGAUCAUGGAAAAAUACAACCCACAGAUAGCUAGUUAUAAUGAGAAUAAAAUAUAGAAGCAGGUAACUCCAUGUCUUAUUAUUGUUGUGUUUUAACUUCGCAGCGUGAAUGCAUAUCCAUCCACGUUGGUCAGGCUGGUGUUCAGAUUGGCAAUGCAUGUUGGGAAUUGUAUUGUCUUGAACAUGGGAUCCAGCCUGAUGGUCAAGUGCCUAGUGAUAAUACUAUGGGACGUGGAGAUGAUUCAUUUAACACUUUCUUCAGUGAGACAGGAGCUGGUAAACAUGUUCCGAGAGCAGUGUUUGUGGACCUAGAGCCAACCGUAGUUGAUGAAGUACGUACAGGCACAUACAGGCAGUUAUUCCAUCCUGAGCAGCUCAUUACUGGGAAAGAAGACGCAGCCAAUAAUUAUGCCAGAGGCCAUUAUACCAUUGGAAAAGAGAUCGUUGAUCUAGUGCUAGACCGCAUUCGCAAACUGGCUGAUCUAUGCACAGGGCUGCAAGGUUUCCUUAUAUUUCAUAGUUUUGGAGGAGGCACUGGUUCAGGGUUUGCUUCACUGCUUAUGGAAAGGCUCUCUGUUGACUACGGCAAGAAAUCUAAACUGGAGUUUGCAAUUUAUCCAGCACCACAAGUUUCCACUGCUGUAGUGGAACCCUACAACUCCAUUCUAACUACCCACACAACAUUAGAGCAUUCAGACUGUGCCUUCAUGGUAGAUAACGAAGCCAUUUAUGAUAUAUGUCGUCGUAACCUGGACAUUGGCCGUCCUACUUACACAAAUUUAAACCGAUUAAUUGGGCAAAUUGUUUCAUCCAUCACAGCCUCACUGCGUUUUGAUGGAGCCCUUAAUGUAGAUCUGACAGAAUUUCAAACUAACCUGGUUCCAUACCCACGAAUCCAUUUCCCCUUGGUAACAUACGCCCCCAUCAUCUCUGCUGAAAAAGCAUAUCAUGAGCAGUUAUCUGUGGCUGAAAUUACCCACUCUUGCUUUGAACCAGCCAACCAGAUGGUGAAAUGCGACCCUCGCCAUGGCAAGUACAUGGCCUGCUGUAUGUUAUACAGAGGCGAUGUCGUGCCCAAGGAUGUCAAUGCAGCCAUUGCCACUAUCAAGACUAAACGUACCAUUCAGUUUGUGGAUUGGUGCCCAACUGGAUUCAAGGUGGGCAUUAACUAUCAGCCUCCAACUGUGGUGCCAGGUGCUGACCUUGCCAAGGUGCAGCGGGCUGUGUGUAUGCUGAGUAACACAACUGCUAUUGCUGAAGCAUGGGCUCGGCUCGACCACAAAUUUGAUCUCAUGUAUACCAAGCGUGCCUUUGUGCAUUGGUAUGUUGGGGAAGGGAUGGAGGAAGGAGAAUUUUCUGAAGCCCGGGAAGAUCUGGCUGCCCUUGAGAAAGAUUAUGAAGAAGUUGGUCUAGACUCAGUAGAAGCAGAGGCUGAAGAAGGAGAUGAAUAUUGAGAAAACUAAAGCCUGGAAAAAUUUAUUUACAAAAAAAAAAAAAA